CUGGGGUCUUUUGCUCACACAUGGUGCUGAAUGCUCUGGAACAUCCGGAUUGAUACAUGUGAUUGGGGUUCAGCAUGAAAAACCGGCUGUCAUCCCCGGGGAUUGACGGGAGAUUGAAAUAUAGAUUGGAACAGUAUCUCAGCAGUAACAGAUGUGGCAGUUUUGUGGAUAUCGCGGUUGUCGCUGCUGAUCUUCAGAAAGCAUACAGAGCGGAGUAUGGGAGAAGAAAACAAAAUGCCUUCAGAUUACAGGUAGAAAAAGUGUUUAAGGUUAUCUGCAGCGAGAACGAGCAGUUUGGGAAUCUCGAAGAAGCGCACGUGGCAAAGAGAGCAAGAAGAGGAGAUGGAGGGGAUUUAGAAAGUUUUUCGGGGGACUCCACAGACAGCGAUGACAUCGAUUACGCCGAUCAGCCGUCCUCUAAUCACCUGAAUAACUCCCUGCUGUCCCUGUACCGCAAAGGAAAUCCAGACUCCCUUUUGGAAACCCCUUCCAAAAAUGAAAACCCGGACACCAGUACUCCAGCCCCUGCCAGAACUACUCGCAGAGAGACGGACGAGACGCCACGGGACGCCAAGACCCCGGCAGCCGGCUGGUUCAUCGAUAAAACCCCAAGCAGGGCAAUCGGGCAAAGCAUCCUGAUAGACCUGAGUGAAGAUGUAGAAGAAGAAGCAGCCGCCAAACGGAGAGAGACACAGAAUCCUACGGAUGUUUCUCUUUUGGAAAGCGAAAAGAAGAAACCUAAGAUCAAGAAAAGCCGAAAGGUGAAGACCGCGUCCCAGGACCCCGACAAGGAGAUAGAAUCCGCUCUGCUGAACAGCAAAGGCACAAGAAAAGCUUAUGAGCUGCAGCGUUCAAACGUGAGCUUCCAGGACGUGGGGGGCAACGAUAACACUCUAAAGGAGGUCUGCAAGAUGCUGAUUCACAUGCGGCACCCUGAGGUUUACCAGCAUCUUGGAGUGGUGCCGCCGCGGGGCUUUCUGCUCCACGGACCCCCGGGAUGUGGCAAGACCUUACUGGCUCAGGCGAUUGCUGGGGAACUUGAUCUGCCGAUGAUUAAGGUGGCAGCCACGGAAAUGGUGUCCGGCGUGUCGGGGGAGUCGGAACAGAAACUCCGGGAGCUCUUUGACCAAGCCGUGUCCAGCGCUCCUUGCAUCCUCUUCAUUGAUGAGAUCGAUGCCAUCACUCCCAAGAGAGAAGUGGCUUCCAAGGACAUGGAGCGACGGAUCGUGGCCCAGCUGCUAACCUGCAUGGACGAUUUGAACAAUCUGGCUAUCACCGCGCAAGUUCUCGUGAUCGGAGCCACGAACAGACCGGAUUCCUUAGAUCCGGCUCUGAGGCGCGCCGGCAGGUUUGACCGAGAGAUCUGCCUGGGUAUUCCCGACGAAGGGGCAAGGGAGAGGAUUCUGCAGACUCUGUGCCGGAAGCUGAGACUCCCAGAAUCCUUUGAGUUCAAGCGCUUGGCUCACCUGACGCCGGGCUAUGUGGGGGCCGAUUUGAUGGCGCUGUGCCGGGAGGCGGCAAUGUGUGCCGUGAACAGAGUCCUGAUCCGGCUUCAGCAGCAGCCGCCGCCGCUGCCGCCAUCGGAUCCCUCCGCGGCAGAACUUCCCUCCGCGGCAGAAAUUCCCUCCGCGGCAGAACUUCCCUCCGAAUGCCCCGCACCCGUGUCCCAGGUCCACGCAUUGGAAAUAGUACAGGAUGAACUUCGCAGGCUGCUGGAGCUCUUGAAGAACCAGGACCCCAUACCCGAGGAGCUGCUGCAGACCCUCUGCAUCGAAAUGGACGACUUUCUGGACGCUCUGCCAUCCGUCCAGCCCUCUGCCAAGCGUGAGGGCUUUGCCACCGUCCCCGACGUGACCUGGGCUGACAUAGGAGCCCUGGAGGAAAUCCGGGAAGAGCUUACGAUGGCCAUAUUGGCGCCCGUGAGGAACCCGGAGCAGUUUAAAGCUCUCGGCUUGAUGGCGCCCGCGGGUGUUUUGCUGGCAGGACCUCCCGGCUGCGGCAAGACACUGCUUGCAAAAGCCGUUGCAAACGAAUCCGGUCUCAAUUUCAUCUCCGUGAAAGGCCCGGAGCUGUUAAACAUGUAUGUUGGCGAGAGCGAGCGCGCCGUCCGGCAGGUCUUCCAAAGAGCCGCUAACUCUUCCCCCUGCGUGAUCUUCUUUGAUGAGAUCGAUGCUUUGUGCCCUCGUCGCUCUGGCCAUGAGUCUGGAGCCGGCGUACGGGUUGUCAAUCAGCUGCUGACAGAGAUGGACGGCUUGGAAAGCCGGCGUCAGGUCUUCAUCAUGGCAGCAACUAACCGACCAGAUAUCAUUGACCCAGCUAUUCUUCGGCCGGGAAGACUGGACAAGACCCUGUACGUGGGACUCCCUCCCCCCGCUGACCGGUUUGCCAUAUUAAAGACCAUCACCAAGGAUGGGACUCGGCCGCCUCUUAGCUCAGAUGUCAACUUGGAAGUAAUUGCUUCUGAUGAGCGUUGCGACUGCUUUACGGGUGCCGACCUCUCCGCGCUGGUGCGGGAAGCAUCCAUUAGCGCCUUGAGACGUGAAAUGCUGCAGAAGAGUCCGGCUGCCGGGACAGGGGAAAUCAAGGUCGGCCAGAAACACUUUGAGGAGGCGUUUAACAAAGUGAAGCCGUCCGUUUCCAAGAAGGAUCAGAUGAUGUAUGAGCUCCUUCGCCAGUCCCUGAGCCGGUGACCACGUUAAAUAUUCAAGUAUUGAUCUGCUCCGUGAGUGGCGGCCUUUAACCUGUCGGGGUCAGAAUGGAGUUUU